AUGUCUAGCCUCCCAAAUGCCUCCAACAAUUCUAAGCCUCGAUUUGAAAUCCCCCCUAAUAUUUCUAAUCAGCCUCGGUGGCUCCUCGACCUAGACGACUGGGUAGUGAGAGCAUAUUCUCGCAUUCGUUUUCACCAAGACCCAAAGAAUCGCGAGUAUGGUUAUGGCAUCAUCUCGUACACGUGGGGCAAAUACUGGAACAGAACAGAUACUGUCCCAGAGAAAGAUGCUCCAGAUGGGAUUGACUGGAAAAUUCCACGCUUAGCAAAAGAUGCUAUCUCACUGGACGAGGCAAAAAAAGUCAUUACUAGUAUGGGUAAACGCUACGUCUGGUGGGACUGGAUGUGUGUCCCGCAAGGCGGAUCCCAUAAAGACAUUGCUGAGCAAGAAAUCGGGAAACAAAUGGCAAUCUACAAAAAUGCCAAGGCCAGCAUUAUAUGGCUGCAUGACACCAACUGGGCGCAGUCUUCUGACGUGGGGAAGUUUCUGCGGAAUCACUAUCCCGAACGCCCUUUACGGCAAUGGCUGCAGAAUUUUAGUACGGGCCUACAACGAAUCAGGGAACGUGAGCCCUGGCUUACGUCGAUUUGGACUCUGCAGGAAGGGGUGCUGUUGAACCAUUCCCGCCUGGUCGAUCGUCACGGAGCCAGGCUUCCCGAUGUGCCAAAGGACAAGAGGUUUCAUUCCGAUGAGGCAACCGUAGUGGACCUGGCGAUCGUCCCCGCCAAACUUGCCAGAGAUAUCGCUAUGGCACUGUUCACUGGAGAAGGGAAUCCCGACCCUCUCUUCAGAGAUUUUACCUCGGUGCGGGAAAACCGUGUUUACGCUCAACAAAUUCUGUGUGAGAUCAUUCGAUCUGGUCUGUUUGGUUACUAUGACAACCCUGUGCCCCUUACUAUCCUUGCAGGCAAGGGCAGUCGCCGGUAUGAUAAAGCUACCAAUCCAGACCAAUACUGGGCAUUGAUCGGCGCCCUGGAUCUGAAAGUGGCGCCAAACUACAACUUGACAAUCCAAAAGGCCCGGGAAAACUUCUUUAAAGGUCUUCUGGAGAAGUAUCAGUGGAACCUUCUCCUGGCUCCUUCUCUGCCACUCGAUAUCUCGCGCCGGGGUUGGCCCGAGGUGAUUGCGGACGGUCACAUUCUCCCGCUUGAUGAUCUGUUUUUCAUCUCUGAGCUUGUUGAUAGGUUGCCCCCACUAUCAUGGACUGGGACUGAAACUGGAGGCCCAAUUAUUAUCGGUGGAGCUGGAGGUACACAGUUCAAAGCUUUCCGACUAAAGAAGACAGGUCAUUUCCGCCGGUACAUACAAGCGCGCAACAAGCAAGGACAGGACCUGGUCGAUGUGCUGGGGCCGGCCACUGAGGCACCGAUUGAAGAUGCCACGUAUCUGCACAUUGCAAAGCUGCAGCCAAAGUCCGGCCUUCCGGGUAAACGAUGCAUUGAAAUGAGGGGUUAUCAGCGUGGAGCGGGACAAUUCAAUGGUGUGGUCGAUCUGUGGGUCGCCGAGGACGACGUGGCUCUGGAAAGCAUCAGUAAAAUUACUCUGCACCUUCCCCAGAAAAGUCUGUAA